AUGAUGGAGAUUAACAGAUUCAUCAAACUAUUGAGUGUGCUGAUGUUUGUACUUUCACUAUGCAUGAAGCUCAAUUCAGUAUCUGCUGCUGAAGUUAGGAGCGUAGAGAGGGAAAGACUAUCUCUUCUGAAGUUUAAGCAUGACCUUGUUGAUGCAAAUGGCCUUUUGUCAUACUGGGGAAGUGAAGAAGAUAAAAUAGCUCAAUUCAAUGCAGAUGGCGUUUUGUCAUCCUGGGGAAGUGAAGAAGAUAAAAAGGAAUGUUGCAAAUGGGAGGGCGUCUCGUGUAGCAACGGAACUGGUCAUGUAACUUCACUUAAUCUGGUAUUUCACUCUUUGAAGGCUAAGCUUAGCCCCUCACUGGUUGAUUUGCAACAUUUGAAUUAUUUGAACCUGAGAGCUAAUGAUUUUGGAGGAAGUGAAAUACCAAGGUUCAUUGGUUCCUUCAAGAACUUAAGGUACUUGACGCUCAUGGGCUCAAACUUCAGUGGUGAAGUUCCUUGCGAACUUGGGAACCUUACAAACCUGAAUACUCUUGACCUUAGUUAUAACAAUUUGAGAAUCAAGAAUUUUGAUUGUCUUUAUCAUCUUUCUUCGUUAUCACAUCUUGAGUUGAAUGGUGUUAACCUUAUAAAUCAAACCAGCUGGUUGCACCACAUGACAAGGUUCCCUCUCCUCGAGGAAUUGCACUUGAUAGGCUGUCAACUUCCCAAUCCAGUGCUUUCCUUUGAUAUCUUUACUAAUUCUUCUUUAUCCAAACUAUCUAGCCUCUUCCUACCCAACAAUUAUCUCACUUCCUCUUCCACAUUUCGCUGGAUGUUUAACAUUAGUGCAAGUCUUAAAUUCAUUGACCUCACGAAUAAUCAAUUAGAGGGUCCUAUUCCCGAUUCCUUUGGGGAAUUGUUUUUUCUUGAAGAUCUUGUUUUGAGUUACAAUAAGUUGCGCGGUGGGAUUCCAAGCUCUUUGCAUAAUUUACAUACACUGGAAAUAUCAUCCAAUGAAUUAAAUGGUCUCUUGCCAGAUAAUACCACAUUUUCAUCCUUAUCAGGUUUGUACCUUGGUAACAAUAAGUUGAAUGCGUUUCACACACAAUGUCUUGGGCAACCUUUAGUUCUUCGGCAUUUAGAUUUAUCUAACAAUCAAUUAAAAAGGCUGCCUGAAGGUAUUGAGAAACUUUCCAAUCUCAGUUCUUUAGGAAUGUCUUCAAAUUUGUUGGAAGAUACAAUCACCGAAAGUCACCUCUCAAACUUUGCCAACUUAGAAGACCUUGAUUUAUCCUGGAACUCAGAUUUGACUUUCAAUUUGAGCUCAGAUUGGAUUCCUCCUUUUCAAUUGAAUUCACUAACGCUCAGCCAUUGUCAUUUGGGCCCUCAUUUUCCAAAUUGGAUUCAAACUCAGAAUACUCUUCGUUGGCUUGAUAGCUCUUUUGCCGGUAUAUCAGAUGCAAUGCCCAAUGGGUUGUGGAAUAUGUCUAUAGACCAAUUAGAUCUUUCUCAUAACAAUAUUAGGGGUAAAAUUCCUAAUUUGUCCUCAAAGUCGACUGGUUAUUUUAAUAUAGAUUUAAGCUACAACAACAUCUCAGGUCCAAUUCCAUCAUUUCUUUUUCAUUCUGAAGAAAUAGACCUUUCCAAAAAUAUGUUUUCGGGAUCCAUUUUUCACUUAUGCACAAUUCCUAAGGGCUCCAUGAUCUACAAGCUUGAUCUCUCGGAUAACCAAUUGGCAGGAGAGCUUCCUAAUUGCUGGAUGAACAUAAGUGGAUUAAUUGUUCUGGAUUUGGCAAAUAAUAAGUUCUCAGGUAAGAUUCCCCUCACUUUGGGCACUUUGGAUCGGCUCAAAGUAUUACACUUGCGUGGCAAUAAUUUCAUUGGUGAAUUGCCUUCAACUUUGAGGAAUUGCAAUGGGCUGAGAACGCUUGAUGUGGGAGGAAACAAGUUAACAGGUAUUGAGAAACUUCCCAAUCUCAAUGAUUUAGAUAUGUCUUCAAAUUUGUUGGAAGAUACAAUCACCGAAAGUUACCUCUCAAACUUUGCCAACUUAGAGUACCUUGAUUUAUCCUUGAACUCAGAUUUGACUUUCAAUUUGAGAUCAGAUUGGAUUCCUCCUUUUCAAUUGCGUUUACUACUGCUCAGCAAUUGUCAUGUGGGGCCUCAUUUUCCAAAUUGGAUUCAAACUCAGAAAACUCUUGUGUUUCUUUAUAUAUCUUUUGCUGGUAUAUCAGAUGCAAUACCCAAUUGGUUGUGGAAUAUGUCUUCUUUGUCAUGGUUGGAUCUUUCUCAUAACAAUAUUACGGAGAUCUCAAGGCACUCUUUAGAUUCGGCAAUGCUAGAUGCAAAUAAGUAA